AUGGAUUCUUCAUCCCCUCGUCUACAUGCGUGGUUACAGCGAUCGAGUCUGCCACCGGUGGCUGAAGAGGCCCAAGAGGCUGAAUUUCAACCCCGCUAUGGAGAAGAGGCCCAUUCUAACGGAUCUGUGAUAGAGGAGCAACGAGUCUCUCACACAGAGAUAGACAACAGGGACUCAUUGGAGGAUAUUUUACAUGGUGAUUCCCUCUCGCAUGGGAUCUUCCCCGAAGCAAUCGUUCUACCUGAGUCACAGACAGGGUCUACUGCGACCGACGAUGAUGCAGGCUUGGGCGAGCUUUCAAACGAUCGAAUAUUUGACGACGAGACAUCUGAAGCCUCAUUUGAUGUAAUUAAUCGACUGGGUGCACCUUUGAUACCAUCUGCUGCCGAAUUGCCCCCUUCGCCCAUAGACUCAGAAACGGGUCAACCCACGUACUCAGAGAUAGGUCAAGAAAGCAUCCAGGGAGAGGAGUCCGAAAUAGUAUCCACUCGCAUCAGUUAUACAGAGGUUCUUGAAAACGCAGGCCAGGUACUAGAUCAUAUCAGACAUGGAAAUGUGCGCGCCAGACCCCGCAACGAAAGGGUCUCACUCAUCUACUAUGAUUGUGUUGACCAAGAGUUACCCAGAUGGCCCGUCACUGAUGCCGGAAGUAUGCCAUCUCUGGUUGAUUUUCCUGAUACCGAAAGGCUUCUCAUUUUGGUGGAGGAUCUUUCUGAGCGAGUGAUUCACAAGCUUGGUGAAGAAUUCGGCAUUAACCCGGAAUUCUUCGAGGAGCAUCUGCUGAAUUCGGGAUACUCCGGUGCGAACUAUGAGCAGACACCAGCCAAGCUAUGGAAGACAGCAUCCUUGGAGAAGUCGUAUAUCUCUAUGAAAUGGUAUCGACCGGUCUGGCGAACCCCGACGUAUUUCUCCAGCCAAGAUCUUUCAGAUCUUUUCAAAUAUCAGACGGAGCAUUUCACUGAUCGCGGAAAGAUUACUUCUCAGUCCAUAACAAAUAUUUUCCGUUCAGGGUGGGGUUUAUGGACCGAUCCGGCCAAGACAACACGAGUAAAAAGAGAAUAUGGUUGGGAGGAAAAGAUUUCUAUUUGGACCGGGAAAUUUCCUGAUCAAGAUUGUCAAGUUGUGAUUGCACUUCUUGAUCCCUUGCCAAACAUCGAGGAGUCGGGGGACCUUUGGGAACGAAACGAAGUAUAUGCGAUUCCAGGGGUUCCAGGGCCACUUCCCGGACAAACAAGCAAUGAUGAACACGAGGAAGCUCGUGUAGGUACUUGGGAUGAAGAUGCUUUGCCGGGUCGCGUGAAUGAAAAGAGCGGGUACAAAAUUUGGACCCGGACCCGCUUCUCCAGACAGCCACACGUCCCUACGACAACGAGAACGAAAUGCAUCAUUGAACAGAUGGCCCCCCGCCAAGAGGUGAAAAUUGACCUGGACCGAAUCUUUCGAGAACGCUUUUCGACCAUGAAUUUUGGGGCCUUGACCCACACAAAAUCUACACUGGAUGAGAUCCGUGAUACCAUGUAUAUCGGGACUGGGCAUUUCAAUCUGACCCAGCCAUUGCUUCAAAUCAUUCGCCAAGAUACUUUGACCCUUCUCAACCAGCUGCGUAAAAUUCUGGAUGAAGUUGAUGUUGAGAUUUUGGAUGAUGUGAGAAUGGAAGACCGCCUCGUUCUAUGGCGUCAGCUUAUCAAUCGGGCCCAACGGGAGCUUCCAGAAAUCAGUGAAUCUAUAAGGCCUUUCGUGACCUUUCUGCAAAAAGUCGAUUCCCAGGAGCUCAGGGGAGGAGCCACGGAGCACGAUCUUCCUCCCGAUUUGGAGAACCUCUUGGAAGACAUCAAUCGAAUGGCUGAGCGCCUCCGGACCACUUCGGCCUCUUUGGCAUCUAACAUGGCUUUGCUGGAUAGUCGACGCUCCAUUGACGAGGCACAUGCGGUGACGAGACUUACCGAGCUGGCUUUCAUAUUCAUUCCCUCUCCUUCGCCGCAUCGGUCUUCGGAAUGCAAAUUGAACCAUUUGCCAAUCCAGUCCCUGUUUGGUACUUUUUUGUUGUAG